CUUUCCCUCUGUCUCACUGCCCCGCCCCAUCAGCUGUUCGUCAUUGACAACGGCGCGGACGACUGGCGCAUCGCCAUGACAACGGAGCGCAUCCUCAGCAUCGCGCUGGAGCUGCUGGUGUCAGCUAUCCACCCGGUGCCGGGCGAGUACAAGUUCCACUGGCGCGCCCGCCUGGCCUUCUCCUACACGCCCUCAGUGGCGGAGGCAGACGUGGACAUCGUGCUGUCCAUCCCCAUGUUCCUGCGACUGUACCUCAUCGCCCGCGUCAUGCUGCUGCACAGCAAGCUGUUCACCGACGCCUCCUCGCGCAGCAUCGGCGCCCUCAACAAGAUCAACUUCAACACCCGCUUCGUCAUGAAGACCCUCAUGACCAUCUGCCCCGGGACCGUGCUGCUGGUCUUCAGCAUCUCCCUGUGGAUCAUCGCCGCCUGGACGGUCCGCGUGUGUGAGAGGUACCACGAUGCCCAGGACGUCACCAGCAACUUCCUGGGUGCCAUGUGGCUGAUCUCCAUCACCUUUCUGUCCAUCGGCUAUGGAGACAUGGUCCCCCACACCUACUGUGGCAAAGGGGUCUGUCUGCUGACCGGCAUCAUGGUGAGAGAGAGUGAGCACUGUCUGCUGUCUCUCUUUCUGUCCCCCCCCCACCUCUCACUGCUGUCUCUGACGUCAUGGCAUGCUGUGAACCCCUCACCUCUCACCUCUCACCCUUCACCUCCCACCCCUCAACUGUCACCCUUCAACUCUCACUCUUAA